AUGUGCGGUUGUGCUUAAUUAAAAGGCUCCGUGCAGGUGAAACACUAGUCUGGAUGAGUCGCGCGUGCUCGACAUGAACUCACGCCAGCUCAUUUGUUUGGUUUUCCUGUCAGUUUUCAAGUUAUCCAAAGUGCAAACAUUUCAGUGUCGUACAAACCAGUGGGAGUGUGAUGACGGAAGCUGCAUCGCUGAUAAAUGGAGAUGUGAUGGAGAAGGGGACUGCCUGGAUGGCUCUGAUGAGAUGGAUUGCACUGCUGCUCCAGGCUCUCCUCGCUGUCCACUCGGUCAGUUUCCAUGUGUGGACUCAGUCAGCUGUGUUGACUCAUCUGCACGCUGUGAUGGACAGAAGCAGUGUCCCACCGGCUCAGAUGAGGAGAACUGUACAGUCGCCAGCGGCUGUUUAGACUCAGACUGGAUGUGUGGGAAUCACAUUUGUAUACCCAGAGAGCUGCGCUGUGAUGGAAAUGAUGACUGCAUGGACAACUCUGAUGAAGAGGCCUGUGUUGUGUGCAGUGAGGGUGGCAUACAAUGUGCAGACGGGGUGUGUUUUUCUGCUGACCAGAUGUGUGAUGAGACGUUUCACUGCUCAGAUGGCAGCGACGAGCCUGUAACCUGCAGGCAGACCUGUUCUGUGAACAAUGGCGGUUGUAGCCACGUGUGUACAGAUGAGUCCUGGGGUGCUUUGUGCACAUGUCCUCCUGGAUAUAAACUCUCCAUCAAUGGGGCAGUCUGCAAAGAUGUGGAUGAAUGCACCCUUCCCUUUGCACCAUGCCUGCAUCACUGCACCAAUACAGUUGGAUCUUACUAUUGCCACUGCAGAGAAGGCUUCAAUCAGAAUAAAGGCUUUGCAUGUUUGGCCACAGGUAAUGUUACCAGACUGCUGACAGUGCUGAGGACAUCUGUUGGGCUGCUAAAUGUGAAGUCACAACAAUUUGAUGUGCUCCAGACUUUAAAGUUAAACCCAGUGGCCCUGACAUAUGACAUUGCCCGAGGCCACUACUACUGGGCUGACGAGACGGGGCACAUAUAUAAAAGUGAUGGGCAACGCAGCGUGACAAUUUAUGCUGGGCAGGCUGGAAUCAAAGCUUUAGCUUGUGACUGGCUGAACGGAAACAUCUUCUGGACCAAUCAGAGGACAAAAUCAAUCUACAUGCAAGCAGAUGAUGAAACAAGUUACACUUUUCUGUUGCGCAAAUCCAUAAGCCCAUCAGAAUUGGUUAUUCUACCAGUGGAGAGUUUGAUGUUUUGGAUCAACACGGGCCCUGGUGAUAGGGUGACCAUAGAUAGGUCAUGGAUGGAUGGAUCAGACAGAAGCUCUCUGGCUGUACUCACGUCUCAAUUGGCUCACGGACUGGCAACCGACGUGGCCGCCAGGAGGCUCUACUGGAUCAGUGACUUCAAGAUGUCCAUUGAGACGAUGAAGGUGGAUGGGACUGGCCGCUAUGCAUUCACUGGACUGUUCAACAGGAGACCAGCUCUGAAUCUAGCUGUAUUUGAAGGUUUCUUCUAUUGGGUGGAUGACAAAGGACUCUGGCAGGUGCCGCAGACCCAACCAAGUCAGAGGAAGUUUCUGUGGAAAGCCACAGUACCACUGUUGACUGUCUAUCAUGAGCUGCAGCAGCCUCGAAGUACAUCUGCAUGUGUCAAGACCCCGUGCCAGAUCUGUCUGCUCACUAAAGGCAACCCUGUGGGGUUUACCUGUACUUGUCCCAACCCAAAAGUACUAAUGGUUGACGGAACAUGUCAAUAUCCAAGAUUCCUAUAUGCUACCUCCAACAGUGUCAAUCUGUUGGAGUUUAAAGAUGGCCUUUCCACAGAAACUGAGAUCUUUGCUACUGACAAGGGCAUCCUGUCAUUUGAUGUGAACUGGAACACAGACUGGCUGUACUGGGCCAACCAAACUGGUCACGUCCAACGCACCAGCCUAACCCAAGUCAAGACUGAGAGGAUUCCUACAACCAUGUCAGUUUGUCUCAUAAAAAUCGACCAGAAGAGUGGGCGUCUGUAUUGGGUGUCCUGUGACCAAACCCGCAUUGGCUCAGUGGAAGUGGACAGUCGUUACCAGCAGCAGUUAUACCAUACAACAAAGGAGAUCCGAAGCCUCUACUUGGACUGGCUUAGGGGUGGAAUCAUCUGGUUUGAGGAGGAGCAGAUCUUUACCAUGAGCAUGAUGGGAGGCAAACCAAAAGAGUUGUUGCACUUGGUAGGCGUCAGAGGGAACAUUGCUUUUGACUUGAGAGCUGCUAGUCUACUGUGGAACUCCAACAUGGCAGGGCUGACAACACUGAGCCUGCUCCAGGGAAAAAAACACCAAGCAGGAAGAAGAUGGAACAUUUCCGGCUCGGUGGUAGGUGCCCUAGAGCCUUACCUGUUGUCUCUGUCUGAUGAUGUCAUGACCCUGUGGGACCGACGUGAUGGGCGCCAUAUCCAGGACGUGACACUGAGAGGUCACAUAGUCUGUGUGGUGCCAGCACUUGGGGACAUACCUGCAGUACCUGUUACUGCCAUCUGCAACAAAGCAUCUCUGCUAUGCAAGGGGACAUCCAUCUGCCUCCCUCAGAGUAAGCUGUGUGAUGGCCAAAAUGACUGUCCUGAUGGAGAUGAUGAAAGUUUUUGUGUUAAAAAAUGUCCAUCCAAAGAUGAUUUUAAGUGCACAGACCAGAGGAGUUGUGUGUCCAGAGCUCUGGUGUGCGAUGGCCGCGCUCAUUGCGUCGAUGGCUCAGAUGAGGUCAACUGCCCUGCUGUUGCCUCACUUGGGACUCGGGUGAAUGCUCUCAAGUGUCGCAAGGGCUCUUGGCUAUGUAAGAAUGGCAUAGAGUGUGUGUCGUACAGCCAUAUGUGUGAUGGGGAGAGAGACUGUAAGGAUGGGACGGAUGAAGAGGAAUGUGAGCAGGACGUGAGCUCACCGAAACCAACCACAGAUGUAUCUAAUAAAAUUGCUCCUAUAUCGGCAAGUCCUGCCCCAUCCCUGCCUACCUGCACCAGCCCAUCUGUCCUUUGUCCCCAUCCUUCUGGUCACCUUUGCAUCUCCCCAAAGCAGUUUUGCGACGGGCGAGAAGACUGUCCUGAUGGCUUUGAUGAAAAUAACUGUGUGAAACGAUGUCCCUCAAAAACCGAUUUCCGCUGCAAGGAUCGUAGGAGCUGCGUCUCCAAGAGCCUGGUUUGUGACGGGCGUGCUCAUUGUCACGACGGCUCUGACGAAGUUGACUGCCCGAGUGUUGCAAUCCCUGCUGGCCAAGCAAAGGCCUUGAAAUGUCUCAUGGGCUCACAAUUAUGUCGGGAUGGCAGCGAAUGUGUGCUUUUCACUCUCGUGUGUGACGGAGAGCCAGACUGCAGAGAUGGCUCUGAUGAAGAAGGAUGUGACACUGCAACGACUAAGACUCCUCCAGAAAAUACCCACUUAAAUCGACCUCCUUUGCCUGUCAAUACUCAACCACCCAGCAAGCCAUCCUGCCAGAGUCCUUCAUUUCUGUGUCCAGAUUCUUCAUGUAUACCCUCAACACAGAUAUGUGAUGGAGUUAAAAAUUGUCCUGAUGGCUCUGAUGAGAAUACAUGCAUGAAGCGAUGCCCAAAUAAGUCUGACUUCCUCUGCAAAGACAGGCGGAGCUGUGUUUCAAAGAAGCUGGUUUGCGAUGGCCGAGCUGAUUGCCAUGACAGCUCAGAUGAGGUUGACUGUCCAACUGUAGCUCCUCCCAUCAACCGGGCAAAGACGCUGAAAUGCCGUGUGGGUUUCCAGCUAUGCAAGGAUCGGACUGAAUGUGUUCCCUACAGCCAUGUGUGUGAUGGAGAAAAAGACUGUCUGGAUGGGUCAGACGAAGAGGAAUGUGACACUACAGAAACCCCAUCUUCCUCCAAUCCAAGCUUAAAUAAUUUGCCCUCAUCCAAGUCCUUUAAGCCUUCCCCCAAACAGUCAUGUAGGAGUCCAUCAGUGUUUUGUCCAAAUUCAUUUGUUUGCGUUCACCUGACACAAAUGUGUGAUGGAACAAAAGACUGUCCUGAUGGCUCAGAUGAGAUCUGUGUGAAAAGAUGCUCUCAUAAGACUGACUUUCUGUGCAAGGAUCGUAGGAGCUGCGUCUCCAAGAGCUUAGUUUGUGACGGGCGUGCUCAUUGUCACGAUGGCUCAGAUGAGGUUGACUGUCAGAGUGUUGCUAUCCCUGCUGGCCGAGCAAAGUCCUUGAAGUGUCUCAUGGGCUCCCAGUUGUGUCGUGAUGGCAGCAAAUGUGUGCUGUUCACUCACGUGUGUGAUGGAGAGACGGACUGCAGAGAUGGCUCCGAUGAAGAAGGAUGUGACACUCCAAUGACUAGGACUCCUCCAGGAAAUGCUCACUCAAAUCGACCUCCUUUACCCGUCAAUACUCUACCUCCCAACAAGCCACCUUGCCCAAGUCCUUCGUUUCUGUGUCCAGAUUCUUCAUGUAUACCCCAAACACAGAUAUGUGAUGGUGUAAAAGAUUGUCCUGAUGGCUCUGAUGAGAAUACAUGCAUGAAACGAUGCUCAAAAAAGUCUGACUUCCUCUGCAAAGACAGGCGGAGCUGUGUUUCUAAGAAGCUGGUUUGUGAUGGCAGAUCUCAUUGUCACGACAGCUCAGAUGAGGUUGACUGUCCGAGUGUUGCAAUCCCUGCCGGCCGAGCAAAGUCCUUGAAGUGUCUCAUGGGCUCCCAGUUGUGUCGGGAUGGCAGCAAAUGUGUGCUGUUCACUCAUGUGUGUGAUGGAGAGCCGGACUGCAGAGAUGGCUCCGAUGAAGAAGGAUGUGACACUCCAAUGACUAGGACUCCUCCAGGAAAUGCUCACUCAAAUCAACCUCCUUUACCUGUCAAUACUCUACCUCCCAGCAAGCCAUCCUGCCCAAGUCCUUCAUUUCUGUGUCCAGAUUCUUCAUGUAUACCCCAAACACAGAUAUGUGAUGGAGUAAAAGAUUGUCCUGAUGGCUCUGAUGAGAAUACAUGCAUGAAACGAUGCUCAAAAAAGUCUGACUUCCUCUGCAAAGACAGGCGGAGCUGCGUUUCUAAGAAGCUGGUUUGUGAUGGCAGAUCUCAUUGCCACGACAGCUCAGAUGAGGUUGACUGUGUGAUGAUGGCUCCUCCCACCAUCCGGGCAAAGGUGCUAAAAUGCCGCGUGGGCUUCCAGCUAUGUCAGGAUCGGACUGAAUGUGUUCCCUACAGCCAUGUGUGUGAUGGAGAAAAAGACUGUCGGGAUGGGUCAGAUGAAGUGGAAUGCGAUUCUGCAACAACCCCAUCUUCCUCCAAUCCAGGCUUAAAUGAAUUGCCCACAUCAGCAAAGCCCUUUAAUAAGCCUUCCUGUAGGAGUCCGUCAGUGUUGUGUCCAAAUUCAUUUCUUUGCAUUCGCCCAACACAAAUGUGUGAUGGCACAAAAGACUGUCCCGAUGGAUCGGAUGAGAACUGUUUGAAAAGAUGCCCUUAUAAGAUGGACUUUCUGUGCAAGGAUCGUAGGAGCUGCGUGUCAAAGUUUCUGAUGUGUGAUGGCCGGGCUCAUUGUCACGAUGGCUCAGAUGAGGUGGACUGUCAGAGUGUAGCUCCUCAUGUAACGACGACGGGUGUCCUGAAAUGCCGUACGGGCACAAAGCGCUGUAAAGACCGCACAGAAUGUGUGCUAUACAGCCAUGUAUGUGAUGGAGCAAAAGAUUGUUUGGAUGGAUCUGAUGAAGAAGGAUGCCAAAAAACCUGCACAAAAGGUGAAUUUCAGUGUGCUCACGGGGUGACGUGCAUCCCUAAGACUCAGGUCUGUGAUGGGAGGGCUCAGUGUAGCGACCACUCUGAUGAGCUGGACUGCUGGGAAGGAACCAAAAGCUGCGAGUAUCUCUGCGCUGACGGCCAUCGUUGCAUCCCAAAGAAAUUCUUAUGUGAUGGAGAGCAAGAUUGUGUUGAUGGCACAGAUGAGGUGGGGUGUGAUGCUGUCACCACAACACUCACACCUGUGGUUCUAACUCCUGCUUCAGUUUGCAUCGCUCCUUCAGUUCUCUGCCCAGGUUCAUCAUUGUGUAUCUCUCAAAAUCAGCUAUGCAAUGGAAAAGGAGACUGUCCAGAUGCAUUUGAUGAGAGUGACUGUGUUUUCAAGUGUAAAAGCCCAACUGAUUUCUUGUGCGGUGAUCGGCGAAAGUGCAUCCCCAAAAUGUACGUGUGUGAUGGUCGUGCCCACUGUCCCGAUGGCUCAGAUGAGAGGAAGUGCAAAUCACCUGAUCGGGGUUCACCUUCCUCCAGGGAUAAGCCUCCUUUAAAAUGCCGAAACGGCUUCCAAGCUUGUAAAGAUGGUCUAGAGUGUGUGAUGUACAGCCAUGUGUGUGACGGAGAGAAGGACUGUCGGGAUGGAUCGGAUGAGGAGGGAUGUGCUGCUCAAUGCCAAAUAGAGGAGUUUGAGUGUCAUCAUGGUAAUAGAUGCCUCCGAAAGGAGCAGGUGUGUGACGGACAAUAUGACUGUCAAGACCGAUCCGAUGAAAUGAGCUGUGAAAGUCAACUCUUGGGCUGCCAUCACCGCUGCGAUAACAGAACGCGCUGCAUACCGGAGACCUUUCUGUGUGAUGGCGAGAGAGACUGUGCUGAUGGCUCUGAUGAAGAAAAGUGUGGUUUGACGUUCUGUGAAGUUGAGCAGUUCCGCUGCAAUAGCGGUCAGUGCGUGUCGGUGGCUCUUCGUUGUGAUGGAUAUGCGGACUGUAAUGACCGGUCUGAUGAGGCGGACUGCUCGAGACCACCGCGCUGCCCCACGCAGCUGCGAUGCGCUCACAGUCACGAGUGCCUGCAGAGUCAGUGGCUGUGUGAUGGUGAGAACGACUGCAAGGAUGGCUCAGAUGAGAAGAACUGUUUGACUAAGUCACCACCGUGUAGACAAUUCCAGUGGCAGUGUGGAAGCAGCAGUCAAUGCAUCCCUCAGUCCUGGAGGUGUGACGGAAAGAGGGACUGUCACAAUGGCGUGGAUGAGGACAAAUGCAAACAGAGAAGGUGCCCUUCUCACCUUUACCAGUGUGGCAGCGGUGAGUGUGUGGACCUGCGACUGGUGUGCAGCGGCUUUAUCAACUGUGCUGACAGUUCAGAUGAGGGUGUGGGAUGCACACUGCGCAACUGCUCUAGUCCGUCAGCGCCUCACUGUGAUCAUAGUUGUGUCAGCACUCCAAAUGGACCGAGAUGUUACUGUGCAGCAGGUUUCACACUACAUUCUGAUGCCGUGUCCUGUGUGGACACCAACGAAUGCAAUUUAAUGCAGAACGAUGCAUGCAAACACACCUGCCUCAACACCCGUGGGUCAUACGUGUGCCAGUGCCAUCCUGGCUUCUACCUGGAGCCUGACAACAAAAGCUGCAAGACCAAGGAUGAGGCACUGCUUGUGGCAUCUGUUCAGUCAGAGCUGUUAAUCCUUGGAGUUCAAAGUGGAACCUUGAGUCUUCUGUCUUCCACCAACCGGCCAGUCUUCUCAUUGGAUUACCACUGGGCUCAGCAGAAGGUUUACUGGCUCAGUCCAGACUACCAGAGCAUCCGCUGGGCUGACAUGACAAAGGACUCUACCAACAAAGGGACACUUAUCAAAGGAGUGAAGUCUGAGUUCAUUGCGGUGGACUGGGUUGGCAAGAACCUGUACUGGGUGGAUGGGCUUGUGGGCCAGAUUCAGGCGGUCCGUCUCAGUGACACCAGAUUGAAGUCACUGGAUUACACAGUGGUACUGGCUGAAGAUCUUGAGCAGCCACGCUCGCUAGUGCUGCUCCCACACAAAGGAUGGAUGUUGUGGUCUGAGAUUGGCAGCACCCCGCAGAUCCAGCGUUCGGGGAUGGAUGGAUCAAAGAGGAAGGUGGUGGUGGGCAGCGGUUUGAGCUGGCCUGUAAGUUUGGCCUACGAUUUCCUGGAUGACCGCAUUUACUGGGCUGAUGAGAAGUUGCGCUGCAUUGGCUCUGCCUCUCUGGAUGGAGAUAAUGUCAAGAUUCUCCAGUUGGCUGAAACUCCUAGCCCUUUCUCAGUAGCAGUCUUCAAUGAUCGCCUUUUCUGGUCCGACACAAAGCGAAGAACCAUCCGCUCAGCUGACAAGAACACUGGGAAAGACCAGAAGGUUCUUCUGAAAAGACCAGGGCAGCCUUUCGGGAUAAAGCUGAUGCAUACCCUCUCCCAGCCCGCUAUAAUCAACCCCUGUGACCAGCUGCAGUGCUCCCACCUGUGUCUUCUGACAGCCGGCAUUGCUGUGAUGGAGCCAACAGCAGUCUGCCGCUGUCCAAAGGGGUUGCUACUUUCUAAGGAUAAGAUCAGCUGCUCUCUACCUUUGGAAUCUACUUUCAUACUGCUUCUCUCAUAUACAACAGUCUAUCAGGUUUACUUUGAGUCUUUGCGUCAUGAUGGCGUUGGUCUGAAAAAUAUGCCAAACAGUCGAGUGUUGGUGAUUCCUGGAGUUGUUGAGGCCUCUGGGCUUGAUUUAGCCUUCCAAGCCUUGUCCUUGUAUGUAGCUGAUGGUGGACAAGGUACUGUAGAUGUGCUAAACUUAAGUGGACCCACGUCCAGACAGGGACUGACACCGGCAGGACGAGUUAUGCAACUAAAGGAUGAGUCUGUCAUGGCUCUGGCUGUGGACUGGGUGACCUUCAACAUCUACUGGAGCAGCACCAGACGGGCUAAUCUCCAUGUGACCACCCGCCGUGAUGGCUUCACCACCUCUCUGCUGCAGGGAUCACUUAAGCAGACAACAUCCAUUGCGGUGCAUCCCCCCUCAAGUCAACUUUGCUACACAGCCCUUGUAGGCAGUAAGAGUCAGACUGAGGUGAGCUGUGCCUGGAUGGAUGGCCGCAAUAAAGCAGUACUUUGGACAAAGUCCAUAAUCCCCACAUCACUGGUUUUUUCCAAUAAAGGAACCACAAUCUACUGGGCUGACACAGUAUUUCCGCAUCUAGAAGAAGGCCUAAUCUGUUCUAUUGGACUGGAUGGCUCAGGCUACAAACAAUACAAAACUGGACCUGGUUUACUUGCUUCCUUCACAUACACUGAGAAUAUGCUCCUCUGGAUAACACUGGAAAAGGAUGUCACCAAAAUGUGGUUCAGUGACGGCCUCCAUCCUAAACAGCUGUGGUUCGAGACAAAAACCAGCCUGGUGGAAAUCAAAGCUUACAGUAAUGACAGCCAAACAGGAUCCAAUAUGUGUGGCAAAAAUAACGGGGGAUGUGAGCAUCUGUGCCUGGCGUAUCCCGGAGGCCGCACAUGCAAAUGUGCUCGUGGCUUUUACACCAUCAGUCCUACAUCCUGUGCGCCAGAGCACCCUUGUCCCAAAGGAGAGCAAGCUUGUCUUGAUGGUAGCAAGUGUCUUAACAACAAGGAGUUCUGUGAUGGACGUGUCGAUUGUCCAGACCAGUCGGAUGAACAGGACUGUCCAUAUAUGAACACCCCUUCUAGAACCAAAGUCAGUGAUGGCCAGCUUUCCAAGUCUCCACUUGCACCUCCUCCGAACUCUAAGGACACUACCUCGUGUAGUCAACAACAUUGCAGCGGCCAUGGCCACUGUGCCACUCAAGGCAAAGCCAUUCACUGUCAGUGCAUGGCUGGUUACCAAGGAGAGUUCUGUCAGGAGAAGGAAAGUCGACGAAGUCAUGUAGGUGUGGUCCUGGGGGUCUUCUGCCUGCUCGCUGCCUUAUUGGGUGUUGCUUUCAUUUUCGGUAAAAGGAAGGCCUGGGUAGCAAUCAGAGGCAGGGCACCUGACAAAGAAACAUUGAUGUCCAACAUGGCGCUGGAAUGUGACCACAUGGAGGCUGACUGUGAGGUAAAAUCUGGAGCUUGAGUCCUCAGUCGACGUGAAAACCCCCCCAGUAGCUUCAUAGCAGUCAAUCAUCUGCUGGCAGAUAUUGACUAUUGGCAGCUGUGUAACUUUUUAGUUUUAUAUAGAGAGACUUCACACACAUGAUAAACAUCACUGGUGUUGAAGAUGAUUAAUUGCAUUUUGUACAAUAAACAACUCAUAAUGAAA